ACAGAAGCACCUCACUCAACUCUAAAAAGGCAGAAACUCACGUUUCCGUCACGAAAGGUCGUAUCUACAGCGACGAAAAAAAAAGAAAAGAAAAGAACGUAUGGGUCCUCUCAAACGCCAUUCUUUUCCGUCUCCCUUGGCGCCGUUUCUGUUCCUGACGGCGUUGCUAAGCGUCGUCGCUGGUGGAGCUGCGUCAAGGGCGAGGCUUCCGGCGAACGUCACCGUGUCGGCGAUUUUCAUAUUCGGAGACUCGAUCAUGGACACCGGGAACAACAACAACCUGGCCACCGUCGUCAAGGCCAACUUCCAGCCCUACGGUGUGGAUUUCACCGGCGGUCCCACCGGCAGGUUCUGCGACGGCAAGGUUCCCUCCGAUAUCAUCGCUGAAGAAUUGGGAAUCAAAGGCAGCGUUCCAGCAUAUUUGGACCCAAGCCUACAGCCCAAAGAUCUGUUAACUGGAGUCUCCUUUGCUUCAGCAGGCGCUGGAUUCGACCCCAUAACAGCAAAAUUAGUGUCAGUUUUGUCGUUGAGCCAACAACUCCGAUACUUCAAAGAAUACACUGCCAAGGUGAAAUCCAUGGUUGGAGAAAAGAGGGCACAUUUCAUCCUAGGCAAUGCAGUGUAUCUGGUGGUUGCUGGAAGUGACGAUAUCGCAAAUACUUACUUCCUUCUUCGAGCGAGAAGUAACUAUGACAUUCCUAGUUAUACCAGCCUCAUGUCUGAUUCUGCUUCGAAUUUUGUUCAAGAAUUGUACAAGUCCGGAGCGAGAAAGAUUGGGGUGUUCAGUGCGCCGCCAAUUGGGUGUGUGCCAUCGCAAAGGACUUUGGGUGGCGGGCUUGUGAGGGACUGUGCCGAUGAUAGAAACCAAGCAGCCAUUCUUUUCAACUCCAAGUUGAAAUCCAAGUUGAAUUCGCUUGGUCAAACCUUACCAAAUUCAAGGGUUGUCUUCAUCGAUGUCUACACUCCCUUGUUACAAAUCAUUCAAACCCCUAAAAAAUACGGGUUUGAAAUCUCGGAGAAAGGAUGUUGUGGAACAGGAGUACUCGAGGUGUCCAUCUUGUGCAAUAAGCUCACUCCGCCUUGCUCCAAUAUCAAUGCACAUGUGUUUUGGGAUAGUUAUCAUCCUACUGAAAAGACGUACAAGGUUCUAGUUACCACAUUGCUGGCUAAAUACUCCCGUUACUUAGUGGGGUGAUUUAUUUUGAAGUUUUCAUAAGAAAAAGAAGUUGGUCUAGUAAAAUUAUCCAUUAAUGUCACUGUUUAAAAUUUAAUAUAUAAUGGCAAAAAUAGUAUUUUUUUUGUGUGGUUGUUAACUAGAUGUUUGGUUUGUAAUUUCUUUUUUAUUUGCAUGCACAAAACCCUUGUCAUGAGCUUGGGUCCAUUGUGCCCAGAGAAUGUCACAACAUGUCAACAUUACACGUUAAAAAUUAAAGAAGCACAACGCAAUAAUUGUGCUUCGGGUAACUGUUGGAGCUCUUUAAAGCAUUUUGUACGUGUACCAUCUCUAUAUUAAAUUUUGGAUUUGCAU